CUUAUUUUUUUUUUAAAUACAUCUCCGAUACGACUGUCCAAUGCAAUGACGACCCGGACAAUCAACAAACACCUGACUUUAGCUGCGAUUUUCAUAUUUGCGUUGACAUGUCUGAUAUCAUACGGAUCAAUGAGUAGCGAUGAGACGGUACACAAGUUAUUACAAUCUAAGCCCAUGUCUAACAAAGAGAGUAAGGCUUUCCUCAGCAGUUCAUUGCCGUCAGGAGUCGAUUCCAAUGUGACGGUUCGGGCACAGAGAGAGUUUGUUAAGGAUAUGAUGAGACACUCGUGGGAUAACUAUGUGAAGUACGCGUGGGGUCAUAACGAAUUACGGCCACUGACCCGUACGUCACAUACCAGCGAUAUAUUCGGUGGUAACUCAAAACUGGGCGCUACUAUUGUCGACUCAUUGGACACGUUAUACAUAAUGAAUAUGACAAAUGAGUUUAUGAGAGGAAGGGAUUGGAUCUCUAAAAAUCUUAACUUCGAUGCCGUCGACUCAGAAAUGUCAGUAUUUGAGACAGUCAUCCGUUUUGUUGGCGGACUAUUGAGUUGUUAUGCAUUCACUAAAGACCCGGUAUUUCUGGAGAAAGCAAUUCAUAUAACGGAUCACAUGUUACCGGCGUUUGAAACAAAGACAGGUUUAUCACUAUCACUAAUAAACCCGAAGACUGGUAAGAGUCAAAAUUAUGGCUGGGCUUCGGGCGCUUCAAUACUUUCUGAAGUCGGAUCGACUCAUCUCGAAUUUAUGUACCUGAGCUCAAUCACCGGUGAUAUGAAAUAUGGAGAAAAAGUGGUCAAAAUUCGCAAUUUAAUUGAAAAUCUCGACAAAGUUUAUGAUGGGCUAUAUAUUAAUUAUAUUUAUCCAAAUACUGGUAAAUGGGGUCCAGAUUUGAUAUCUGUCGGUGCUUUAGGCGACAGCUUUUAUGAGUAUCUUAUCAAGUCUUGGAUUCAAUCUAAUGGAACCGAUAUACAGGCUUUUAGGAUGUAUAACAAUGCUGUAAAAGCUAUUGAGAAAAAAUUGGUACAAAAAUCAAAGAAUGGUAUGACUUAUCUGGCAAAACAAUUAUCCGGGUAUUUGGAGCAUAAGAUGGAGCAUUUGGCCUGUUUUUCUGGCGGUAUGUUUGCAUUGGGUGCUCAAUAUCAAAAUGAAGACACAAAAAAACAUUAUAUGGAAUUGGCUGCUAAUAUAACCGAAACAUGCUAUGAGUCCUAUCGGCGUACGGCCACACAUAUCGGUCCCGAAGCCUUUCAGUUUACAUCAUUUCAAGAAGCGAUUGCCUUUGAUGACGAAAGACAAUACAUUUUACGACCCGAAGUCAUUGAAAGUUACUUUUAUAUGUGGAGAUUCACUCACGACCAACGAUAUCGCGAGUAUGCCUGGAGUGCCGCUCAGGCCAUCAAUACUCAUUGUAGGACAGACUCCGGAUUUUCCGGUAUUUGGAACACUAAUGACACCAAUUCGACCAAAGACGACGUCCAACAGAGUUUCUUUUUGGCCGAAACUUUGAAAUACUUGUAUCUUAUCUUCUCUAGUGAUGACUUAUUGCCAUUAAACCAAUGGGUGUUCAACACUGAAGCUCAUCCCUUACCAUUGAUCUCAAUGGAUUCGCUCAAUAUAUCGAUACCUUCGGGAUAUCGAUUACUCAAACCAAAUGCUAUUUUACUAAUUUUAGCAUUUAUUUUAAGAAAUCUCAUAUUUUAACAUUAAUUUCAUUAUCUGCUUAUUAAAU